AUGAUACAAUUAUUAUGCUUAAUUUCUAUGAUAGCUAUUGAUUAUGGCGCAUCAAUAAAAUUAACACCGAGAGUUAUUGGAGGGAGACUUGCCGAUCCAGGUGAAGUCCCAUACCAGGUUGCUCUACUAGACAUUAUAAGAGAGGAACAAUUCUGCGGUGGAGUCAUAAUUAACGAGUAUUAUGUAGUAACCGCUGCUCAUUGUAUAUUUUGGUAUAGGGAAGACAUGGACAUUGCGGUCAGUGCUGGAACAACAGACCUUCGAAAACCACAUUCUGUGCAUAUAUCUGAGUUAUUUCAUGUACACGAAAAAUACGAUCCCGAAGAUUUAACGGACAGAUACACUUACGAUAUCGGUUUAGUUAAGGUCCAAACUCCAUUUAUAUUUUCUUUUUUGAUAUCUCCUGCCACUUUACCGAAACAAGAUGAAUUUGUCGAAACAGGCUCGACAGCUUUAAUAUCGGGAUUCGGCAGAGUAACGUACUAUCCAACAGGAAAGAAAAACGAACAGUUGUACAUCGUAGAUAAUAUAAUAGUCAAUCAAACUUAUUGUAACAAAGUCUAUAAAGACCUAUUAGAUGUAGAAAUUCACGAUUCGCAGAUCUGCUCAAUUCAUCCAACUGAACAAAAGGGUGUAUGCUUUACAAAAGUAACAUAUUCAAAGCUCAAAAUCGGAGGGUGA